AUGGAGGCCACCAGCAGUGCUGCGCCCAGCGAGGCCAGCCGCACCACCUGUGAAGACGUGCAAAGCCCUAGCAUGGCACCUGGCAGCAGUGCAGCCUCGUGUGCUGCCAGUUCUCCUGGAGAUCUAGAUCCGACUGUGAUGGGUACCAACACACACGGCCAUGCUGAGGCAAGCGAUGCGGAGUCAACGGGUGCAAGUGAUCCUGUCUGCUUAGAACAGGGACUGUUGAACACGACAGCAAUGGGCGGCAGCAAAGCAACGGGUGCUACUCAGGUUGGGGACGCGGCUGGCGAGAGUCGGAGUAGACCCGACUGCGCACAUGAGAUCCAUGAGUGCACCUCUGCAGGCAAGGGCCCUGAAUCCGGCCAUGACAGUGCAGGCCCAGGCAUCGAACGAGCCAGCUCUCUCCCGGGCACAGUGAGUGCAGAGAGCACGCCCCAUCCAGCUCCCCUGCCAACAGCGGCAUCAGAGGCGAGCAGCCUUUCCAUAGGAGCAAAUGCAGCUAGUAGGCCUGCCAGGCGGUCCCGUGACAUGGCCCGUGUAUCACCCCUGCCGAUCACCGUCAACACCCUGCGGCAGCCGUCAGCCAAGAAUGACACCUUGAAGAUGCGGUUGGACGAGCUGACGCCCCUUCCCCCCAGCGUUACCACGUCGAGCUCGUCGAGUGGGCCCUUGCAUGAGGACCCGGGAACCGAGUCAGUGGCAUCCACCUCGGGAGAGACCGCCAGCAAGACUCCACGGCAUCGGCAGCGUGCUGCACCCCUGGAAGCAGGACGGAGGACGUCGCUGGCGGGGUACUACUCGCGCGCUGCCGCUCGACGGCCGCUGCGGGUGGUGAGGGCCUUGGUGAAGAAAGCGACGAGCAUGCUGCGCGUGCUGACGGGGGGAAGAAAGGAGGGGGCGUCCAUCCAGGACUUCCGGCUGCACAAGGUCGUGGGCCAGGGUGCGUUUGGCGUGGUCCACUUGUGCACGCGGAGGAGGCGGCCCAACAAGCUGUAUGCGCUCAAGAGCAUGGACAAAAAGGAUCUGCUCGCGCGCAACGAGACGGAGCAGGCGCUUGCAGAGAAGGAGGCGCUCCUCGCCCUCAGCGGCCACCCCUUCAUCGUCAAGACCUACAAGACGUUCCAGGACCAGAUGCGGCUCUACUUCGUGAUGGAGUUUGUGGCGGGGGGCGACUUGUUCGACCAGCUGGAGCGGCGCCGCAGGCUGACGGAGGAUGAGACCCGCUUCUACGGCGCAGAGAUUGCAGUGGCGCUCGAGUACAUGCACAGCAAGAACUUCCUCUACAGGGACCUCAAGAUCGAGAACGUCAUGCUAGACGCAUCGGGCCAUGUGAAGCUCACCGACCUCGGCUUUUCACGGCGCUCUCUUCCAGGGGAGAGGCGGCACACGUUCGUGGGCACGCCCGACUAUCUGGCCCCCGAGAUCGUCAACGGCAAGGGCCACGGUAGGGCCGUCGACUUCUGGGCCUUCGGGGUGCUCCUCUUCGAGCUCAUCGCAGGCGUCCCGCCGUUCUUCGGCGACAGCCAGAAGGAGCUGUACAAGCGCAUCGUGGAGGGCGACUUCCGCUUCCCGCCGCCCAAGUCCGCGGCCGACCCGCCCUUCACCAAGAUGGCGCGGGACCUCAUUCAGGGCCUGCUCGAGGUGGACCCCGGCCGCCGCCUGGGGAGCGGCCCCCGCGGGUGGGGCGACGUGAAGGCGCACCCCUGGUUCGCGGGGGUUGCCUGGGACGCGGUCGCCAAGCGCGGCCUCCAGCCGCCGCUGGUGCCGCCCGUGUACCACCACCGCAAGCCCGCCAAGUACAUCGACCCAUUGGAAGUGUACAGGUGGCACGCGAGUCCGUCGGGCGGGCUCGUUCUGGCGGGCGCGGCCGGGGGCGCGCGCGUGCACCCCGACCCCAUCUCGCGAGCAGGGCCGUCCAGCCCACAGAGCACGAGCAACGUCUUUGGCGCUUUCUAG